CUGUCUCGUUCUCUCUGGCUCUCUCGCGGCUUGGGUUCGAGCCUGCGACCUGCGCUGACGCCCCUCCCUCAGGAUCUAAAAUGUCCACUGAGGCACAAAGAGUUGAUGAUAGUCCAAGCACUAGUGGAGGAAGUUCUGAUGGAGAUCAGCGUGAAAGUGUUCAGCAAGAACCAGAAAGAGAACAAGUUCAGCCCAAGAAAAAAGAGGGAAAAAUAUCCAGUAAAACUGCUGCUAAAUUGUCAACUAGUGCUAAAAGAAUUCAGAAGGAACUUGCAGAAAUUACCUUGGACCCACCUCCCAACUGUAGUGCUGGACCUAAAGGAGACAACAUUUAUGAAUGGAGAUCAACUAUAUUGGGACCCCCAGGAUCUGUCUAUGAAGGAGGGGUUUUCUUUCUUGACAUUACUUUUUCACCAGACUAUCCAUUUAAACCUCCUAAGGUUACCUUUCGAACAAGAAUCUAUCACUGUAAUAUUAAUAGCCAAGGUGUUAUCUGUCUGGAUAUCCUCAAGGACAACUGGAGUCCAGCUCUAACCAUUUCUAAAGUUCUCCUUUCCAUCUGCUCACUUCUUACAGAUUGCAAUCCUGCUGACCCUCUGGUAGGCAGCAUUGCUACCCAGUACAUGACCAACAGAGCGGAGCACGACCGGAUGGCCAGACAGUGGACCAAGCGGUAUGCCACAUAGGGGCCUGUUCCUACCACCCUGCCAGACCUGUGCAAGCACAUUCACCAAGUGCAUCAGUAACCCUGCCCACCCCUCUGGACCUCGGUUCUUAUUUUCUUAUUUUUAUUAAAUUUUGAACCAUUUUGUGAUGAUAUGUCAUCCAUCUCCUACUUCCUUCCACCUUUCCUCCCUUUCCUCUCUCCCUACCCCCUCCUGUUUUAUUCCCUUUUGAUUUCUGUUAACUUGAAAGAUUGGGGGUAUUUUUCCCAUUACAACAUGGAUGAGAAUUUUUGUUUUCAGUGCAAAAAAUGUUGGAUCUGUAAUAGUAAGAGCUUUCUUUACAAAGCCAUGUAUUACUGUGUGGUUUUUGGUUUUCAGUCUUUGUUUCAUUUUGAUUAUUUUUCCUUUUAUGUGAUCUUUGGGAAAACACACGUUCUGAAUUAUAUCUCAUUUCUACUUAAAUGUAGUGCUUAGGAUUAAUUUUUUGUACUGAAGUCUUUAUUGGCGGGUGCAUGCUACUGGGAACAAGUUUUUGUACAAAAGCUUCAAUCAGAAUCACUGUGCAUACUGAGACUCUGUUUAUCACUGGUCUUCUGUCCCCUGUACAGAAGACUGUUGGGUUGAACAAAAUAAUAUGUAUUUUGAUUUACUUAAAGUGUUUGUAAAUUUCUUAGGGACCUGCCACUUUUGACUGUGGAUCAGUUGAUGUACACUUGUAUUAUUAAAGCACUCAAUAAAUCACUGUGGCUGAUAAAUACA